AGCGAUUACCACGUAGAGCGCUAUUCUGAGUAUCUGUAUUUUAGAAGGCAUACCGUGUACUGCGUAGUUGUACCCUGCUCAGCCAGUGUUAUUGAUUGCUGUUAGCUUUUAGCAGUUUUCAUAUCAUUUUUAUUCCCUUGUUUUGGUUGUUAAUUUGUUAUAAAAUUCUUUAAAAAUCCAAGUAGUUCGUAUCUGCCACGCCGGUAGUGAUAGUGGCCAAUGCCAUGGACGACUCAGCGAUCCAAUACGUCCCGAAUCCGCUGCAUAUGGUCCGCUCUCGCUCUUGUAGUGAUUUUUUCGCGUUUGACUCUGCUUUCGAUGAUGUAAUGAGAAAAGCUGUGGGGAAGAGCGCAUAUGUCAAGCGUUUCAAGCCCCUCAUACGACGGUUGGCACUGCUAUCUUUCGUCCGCAUCCUGCUAAUAUGCACACCCUUUGGCGUCGAAUUUAUGCGAGCCGAUUCUUUCUACAAGCGUGAAAACCAGGAACCUGUACACCAAGAGCAGUCAAACCAGACGCCAUUCCUCCUGGAGCAUCUUCCUAUCGCUGUGGUCGGGUGUGUUGCCUUCUCUCUUGCCGAUUUCGGCAGUGCUGUCUUCCUGUGGUAUAGUGCGCGAAAGAUGCGUGGUCAGUGGUUCCUGUCGGCAGCGAAUAUGGGCGACGGCCUGUCGGUUACGGUCGGUUGGUUCGAAAGCGACGACUUAAUAUUGACCCUGGGACUGUAUUUGACGUCCGCCAUUCUGGCCACCGUUAGCAUAAUGAUCUCGGUGGGAAUUAUCGAGCUGUAUUCUCCUGGAUUGUUCAUAUCUCUCUGGUGGCAUGUUGGCUAUGCUCUCUGGAAUUAUAAUACCGUGGACAUACCGGACCGGGUCGAAGUGCUACUGGUUAUUCUGCCCUGUGUCGGCUUAGCGGUGUUCGGCUUGAUUACCGCUUGGCAGUGUCGCCGAACCAUUCUGCAGUUUCGGGAAAUUUGCUGGGCCGACGGCCACGACAAUGAUGAUGCUGAUCUAUGGAUUGUGAUUGAACGAGUUUGCUACCGUUUACUGGAUCUUGUCGACUGGCUGGUCAUGAUGGUGGGAUAUAUCAUCUUUGUCCUGCUGCGCCGGAAAGAAGUCUUCUGUGUUAAUGACUAACCCACUUGAUUAACCAACUCAAUUAACGACCGCAUCUUCUCCAAUCUCAUUCUCCGAUCCGGCCUUCCGAGACAUUACCUUAUUACCACAAUUCUUGCAAGCUAAUGUUUAGGACAAUGUCUGUCAAUGUUUUUCUAGUUAUUUGCUAUGUACUUAUUCGUCUGAAAAUGGGCACCUCUGAUAUUCACGUCUCUUCCGGUAUGUACAAAGUACAAACCCGGAC